AUGACAGCGGUUGCCGAAACUUUCAUCAGUAUCGCCUGGGGAGUUCUGUCAAUAGCUACUUCUCUGUACCUCCUAUCCUAUUUCAACUCUCCUCUUCGAAACUUCCCAGGACCUAUCCUUGCUGGUCUCACAAACCUGUGGCGCUUCCUGGAUGUCUUGCAUGGCCGGCCUGACAAGACACAGCUGGCACUGCAUAGGAAGUAUGGCAGUGCUGUGCGGAUCGGUCCAAAUGUCAUCAGUCUGUCAGACCCGAGCCUGAUCAGUAAGGUGUAUACGACGAAAGGGGCGUGGAGAAAAAGUGAUUUCUAUACCGUUAACGACGCCCGUGUUCACGGAAUGCGAGUGCCAAACAUCUUCUCGAGCACGGACGAGAAAUGGCAUUCGAUGGCCCUACGGCCCAUUCGUCAGGCUUAUUCGAUGACGCAGGUCCUUGAUAUGGAGCCUCAGAUAGAAGCAACUAUCGAUCUGCUGUGUGAGAAAUUGGACGAGAGGUUCGUGAGGACGGGGAUAUCGUGUAAUAUUGCGGACUAUUUGCUUUACGCUGCAUGGGAUGCGAUGGGCCAAGCAACCUUUUCGGGAACUCUUGGGAUGCUCGAGAAGGGUUAUGAUCCUACCAAGACCAUCCGGACUACAAAAAAUAACAUCGACUACUUUGCCUGUUUCAGUCAAAUCCCAAAAGUCGACCAUGUUCUGGGCAAGAACAAGAUAGUCGAAGCUGUUUUGCCCUCUGGUAUCAGUUGGGCCGUAAAAUACAUCCAGGACAUGUACGUCGAACGGAGCAAAGAGUCACAAGCAACAUCAAGACCAGUUGACUUUAUGGAUCGCGUCCUGCAAGCACAAAAGAAGUUCCCAGAGAUAGUCAACAGCGCAAUGGCAACCAUAUACCUUCUAUCCAAUGUGUUGGCAGGAAGUGAUACCACCGCAACGGCCAUGUGCUCCGCCAUCUACUACGCUCUCAAGCACCCGUCCGUGCAUCGCAAACUACGGGAGGAGCUGGACUCAGCGAAUCUGUCUUUCCCCGUGAAAUGGAAAGAAAUCCAGCACCUCUCCUACUUCACAGCCGUCAUGCGGGAAGCCAAGCGUAUCCAUCCCGGAGUAGGAAUGCUCAUGGAGCGUGUCGUCCCAGCAGGUGGCCUGUGUCUACCAGACGGUCGCUUCGUACCUGAGGGUACCAUUGUUGGGAUGAACCCGUGGGUGAUCAACAGGGAUGCGGAUACAUUUGGGCUAGAUGCGGACCAGUUUAUUCCUGAACGCUGGUUGAAGCUGUCAGAGGAAGCGGAUGAGGAGCAUCAGGCGCGGGUUGCGAGGAUGCAGCGCGCUGUCUUGACGUUUGGAGCUGGGCCCAGGAGUUGUAUUGGGAGGAAUUUCAGCGAGAUGGAGAGUGAUAAGAUCGUAGCCACGCUUUUUGCUAAGUAUGAGAUGGAGUUGGCUGAUCCAAAGGAUACUUGGAAUGUUACGAGUCUGUGGUUUGUUCGGCAGGAUAAUAUUGUCGUUAACUUGAAGAGUAGAGUAUAA